AUGACAUCCGCAGGAUCUCGUCAUACUCGUUCUCGUGUCCGAUCAAAGCGACGGCUUCUCCGGCACACUGCCCAGCAACUAAAGCCCGGGUGUCAAACACCAAACAUGGCAGGGCCGGCCCAGUCACUAAAUUCUUGGAGUGGCAAACUGAACCGACGCAAACUCAGUGUCAUGUCCGUUGUGGAGGUUACCAAUGAGGGCAGUCAACGGCUGCGCGCAGCUCGUGCGUUUCUCCGUGGAGCGAGUGGGGUCGAAGGGCGAGGGUUCGGGGUCUUUGGUGCUCCCCUCCCGUUGACCUAUUUUCUCAAGGCUUCUCUGAUGCUCCCCUAG